AUGCUCUUCUCAUCCCUCCUCUACACUCUCCUAGCCACAGCAUCCUCAGUCACAGCACAGCACCACCCCAAAACCAUAACCCACACCGUUAUACCCGGUAUCUUUCAACAAGACGAUCCGGCUACAAACGCCUCGACCUUCAACUUCACCACCACAAACUUCGGCCUAAUCAACCGCCCCUACCCCAGCGACUCCUCCUGCCCCAACCAAACCCACUCAACCCAAUGGCAACGUCUAUCCCACUACAUCACCACACUGAACCGCCAAGCCCCAAAGAAUGAGCACUACAAACUCUUCUUCCUCGGCCGCCACGGCGAGGGCUUCCACAACGCCGCCGAGUCGUACUUUGGCACCCCGGCCUGGAACUGCUACUGGUCUGAACGCGACGGCAACGCCACCGUCACAUGGGCCGAUGCCAAACUCACCGAGACGGGGAAGCGACAAGCACUCCGCGUGAAGGCGUUUUGGAACCAGCUUAUCGUGCAUGAGAAGAUUUCUCCGCCGCAGACGUUUUACACAAGCCCGUUGUACCGCUGUCUUGACACGGCUAGAUUGACGUUUGAAGGCGUGGCGUUACCGCGCAAUACGCGUUUUGUGCCUGUUGUCAAGGAGUUUCUGCGUGAAGGGAUUAGCGCGCAUACUUGUGAUCGGAGGCGUAGUAAAACGUUUAUCAGGGAGAAUUUCCCCGGGUACAGGUUUGAAGAGGGGUUUGUGGAGGAGGAUCCGUUUUGGACGAAGUUGUUUGCUGAACCACAAGUCAACCAAGACGCUCGUUCUAAAGCCGUUCUUGAUGAUAUUGUCAGUAGUGAUGGGAGUGUGGUUAUCUCCGUUACAUCGCAUUCGGGGGAGAUUGCGAGUUUGUUGAGGGUCCUAGGUCAUCGCCCCUUCAGCUUAAGUACCGGCUCCGCUAUCCCCGUCCUGGUUAAAUCAACAACACUCAACGUCCCCGCGCCUCCUACAAUGACACUGCCAUAUACACCGCAGAAAACUUGUAGUGCACCACCGCCAAUCCGCGACUCUAGCUGUAACGACUGCUCGUGCUGUAGUUGA